UCGAACGCCAACACGGACGUGUUGAGAAUGAAUAUACAUAUAUAAAUUGCUAACACUUAUUAUAUCUUCUUUUAGUGCAUUGAAUAUAACCCUGUCUUGGACAAAAUGAUGAGAAUGUUGUGUGUGUUACUGCCUAUCUUGGUAAUUACACAAUCCAAGUAUGCCGUAGCAAUAAGAUGCGUUUUAAAAAACAAGACAUGUGAGUGUACUGAUGCAGACAUCGGAACCACUAAUGAGGAUCUGCUGUUAAACUGCAAAGGAGCAAAAUCACUAGUGCUAACAGACGCUGAACUAUCUGAAGAAAAUUGGCCCAGUGGACUAAAUCUUAAACCUACUGAAAUCGUUAAUUUGACAUUGUCGAGUAACGCCUUUCAGACAAUACCAACUAACCACCUACCUUACCAACUGCAAGUACUCGAUCUUUCUGGAAACAUAAUUAACAAUAUUUCUGGGACUCCAUUAUCAUGUUUUAAGGAACUCAAAAUCCUCGAUCUUUCUUAUAAUAACAUAUCCAAUGUUGAUGAUGAUGUAUUUGACGGGCUGUGUGGGUUAGAAGAACUGUAUUUAAAAGGAAAUAGUCUCCAUUAUUUUAAGAAUAUUUACAGUGCGGUUAGAAAGGUUCCAUCAUUGAUUAUUCUGGAUUUAGCAGAAAAUCUUUUAGAAAACGUAUUUAUGCCGGUGUUACUAAAGAAUCUCCAAGUUUUCAAUUUAAGAAAUAACACUAUAUCAGCGGUAUCAGUCGACCGCUGUACAUAUAGAUUACCGAACCUUCAAGAGAUAGAUUUGCGAAACAAUAACCUGGCAGCGUUUCCAGUAUCAAUUGUAGAUGAUUUCAAUAAAACAGACAUCCUACUCGAAGAUAAUCCUAUAGAGUGCCACUGCCAUGUAAGCAUCCCAUUGAUGAAUGACGAGUGUAUUUCUAAUGAAACGAUCAUAAAAACGUUUAAUUUUGUACAGAACUGUACAGAAAUUCGUGACCGGCAUGUACAGACAAAAACAGACUCUAAAUUUGUAAUCCUCUCAUCUGGCAGUGAAGUCAGUAAGUGGAACGAAGUUGACAGCUACUGCAGCGACGAAACCCAGGAAGAGCAACUAAGAGGUCGGGUGACGGAAAUUUGUUGGGAUGUACCUGAAGAUAUAGGCCUAUGCAUGGAAAGUAGAGAUCUGAUCAAGGUCACAGAAAACGGUACUCUCAAUUUGACCCUGGCUAGCCAUUAUGAUAUCUCAGGUUUAUACUCAUACAAAGAAUACCAUAUUUGUCACGAGUGGUACAUGUACACAGUAACCGGAAACGUCAGGUUCAAGGGAAACACAUCAGAAACACAACAAUGUUCCCCUGAUUAUUGCAUGGAGUUCAAUCAUGGAGGACCUCCAUGGUUCAAUGAACCACCAGGAUUAACAACUUUGCAAAUUAGCUUCAUUGUAUUCGGAGGGUGCAUAUGUGCAUUGGCAGUGUUUGCGGUGGUAUUAUACAGAAUUAAAAAGUUAGAAAGCUCUGGUGGUAGUAGGGAAAGUGUGGAAAGGGAACUUUCUACCCAGGAACCUCCUCUAUGCACUAGUGCCAACGACAUCGACUCAGAAGUCGCUCGAUCACAGACACGAAUUUCUCUUGUAGUGAUAAAUGGAUAUUUGAACUAUGGUUCAUCACUGAAUAUAGAUAUCCAGUCCUCUGAUAUCCCACAGAAUACAGCCGAAGCAAUUGAACAAGGAUACAGGUCUCUUUCCAUUGACGAAAAUGGCUACCUCAUUAUGAAACCAGAUCUGGGAAAAGAUCUUCCAGAUGAUCCUAAUGGAUAUUACUCGUACAUUCCGAACAAAUCGGCGAAUAAAGUUCUUGUUGAUGUAGAUGGAUACCUCUGUGUAAAUCCACCUGUACGUCCAAUAACUGAAGAUGGGUACACUUUCAUGAUUUUGAGAAAGGACCAAGGCGCAUUGGGACAAUUGACAAUGCAAAAGAAUAAGUACAUUCAACUUCAGCUUACUAAACGGCACACUGAAGAAAAUCAUAUAUACUCUAAAAUACAAACCACCUGGCAACUUCUUCGGUUUUGGGAGAAUCAAGAGCAAAAACACAGUAAUGAGGGUUAAAUAAAAACACAAUAAAACAUUUGCAAUAUAACCGACCCUUCAAUCGACGACCGACCAAUCAGAACAAGUUCAGGAUUACGUGCGCUGUUCCACAGAUAUACUCAAUUCGGACCUUUAGCGAAGCUAAACCAUUUGUAUUCAUUUUAGUAUUCCUUUUGUAAUGUUCGGUAGGAAAAAAAGUCUUCGUUAUAAUACUAUUCAAAAUGUCUUCCUUCAUAAUACAUUUGGCGACUUGUAUAAAAUAAAUUAAGUUACAAUAGAACAAGAUUCCCCUAACAGAUUAUGACAAUGUAUCAGGUUCGGAACCAAUUUUUCAAUGGAACUUCAGCGGCUCUAAUUUGAGACAAGUAGGUACUUUCCCUUUAAAGGAUCGAACAGCAAAGCAAAUACUUGCAGUUCAACAUUGUGAUGAGAUGAUGAAUAAGACUAUUGUUGGUUUUGAAAAGAUCCGUUUUGUUAUAAGGAUGCCUUGACGUCUCGAGUGACGUGAUCUUAACUAACCAAUAGUUCGUUCGCGUCUUACUGUAUAUGAAAGCCAACACGUACAGUAAUUAUAUUUGUAUUUUUGAUGUUUGUAUAGUUUUAAAAUGUUAUACAAUCCUGAAGCCAUCUUCCGAUAUCCUAUAAAAACCUAUUGCUAAUGGUUGGAAGUGAAUUUAGUACAAAAGAACACCAGUAGUUCACUACAUGGCGCUCACGAUACAACUAAUACGCCUUUAACCUACAUUUUUUUUCUCUAUAUGUAUUGUGAAUGUCGAAUAGAGCUGCAAUUUAUUAAAAAGUAAUGUCAUCAUAAUUAAGACAGACAAUUCGCGUAGGUAUUUUUUCUUGUAGUUUUUUCU